UCAUUUAAUUGACGUUAUAAAUAUAACGGUCAAAACGUAAUCGUUAGUCGGGGUCGAAAAAUGUACAAAAGUAGUAUUCUGUUUUUAACACUCCUUGUUGGGAGCUUCGCGUUCCCAGCGGAGGAUUUCUCCAUCUUCUUCGACCACACCGACCCAUCCGCGUCGCGCAUCGUGGGCGGCUCGGUCGCCCAGGACCCUGUUCCUCACAUGGUCGCAAUGACCAACGGCCUGCUCAUCAGAUCCUUCUUGUGCGGUGGCUCUGUCAUCACGACGCGACAUGUACUGACUGCUGCUCAUUGUAUAGAGGCUGUGUUUAGCUGGGGAAGCUUGAGCAGCAACCUCCGCGUCACCGUCGGCACCAACCGCUGGAACACCGGUGGUACCCACUACAACAUCGCCCGCAACAUCACCCACCAGAACUACGUGUCUUCUAUUAUCAAGAACGACAUUGGUAUCCUGGUUACUGCCAGCGAGAUCGCGCUGACCAACGCGGUGCAGCCCGUUCGGCUCAACUAUGACUGGAUCGGCGAGGGUAUCGCUACGAGGGUUAACGGAUGGGGACGUGUCGUGACCGGCGGUGCCAUCUCCGCUGUGCUGCUGGAGUUACACGCGACGUCUGUUGACGGCCAGCGGUGUAUCGAGGAGGUGGCUCAACGCGCAACCGAGCUGAACAUCCGUGGUGUCCCGCCGGUGCAACCCCACAUCGAGCUGUGCACGUUCAGAGCUACUAACAUGGGAGCUUGCAAUGGUGACUCCGGCAGCGCCCUGCUCCGAGUAGACCGCGGGGAGCAAAUCGGCGUCGUGUCGUGGGGUCUGCCCUGCGCGCGCGGAGCACCCGACAUGUUCGUCCGAGUCAGCGCCUUCAGGGACUGGAUACAGCAGAGCAUCGCUUAAAUAGCCUGAUCGUUAUAGCCUAAGUGAUAGAUAAAUGGACUACGAAUGAUGAUGGACUAAAUAAACGAUUUACCUGUUA